UUUGUUUCAGUAAAUAUGUUCUCUACUUACUCAUUAUUCUUUAUCUUCUUUGUUAAACAGGCCACCAAGCAGUUUCUUGAAGAGAUUAACAAGUGGACAGUUCAGUACAACGUUUCCCCUCUUUCUUGGAAUGUGGCUGUAAAGUUCCUCAUGGCUCGGAAGUUUGAUGUGCUCCGCGCCAUAGAGUUGUUCCACUCCUACAGGGAAACACGAAGGAAGGAAGGCAUUGUGAAUCUGAAACCUCAUGAAGAACCUCUCCGUUCUGAGAUUCUUAGUGGAAAAUUCACCAUCUUAGAUGUUCGGGACCCAACAGGAGCCUCCAUUGCCCUCUUCACUGCCAGAUUGCAUCAUCCCCACAAAUCAGUGCAACAUGUGGUACUUCAGGCUCUGUUUUACUUGUUAGACAGAGCUGUGGAUAGCUUUGAAACUCAGAGAAAUGGACUGGUGUUUAUCUAUGACAUGUGUGGUUCUAAUUAUACCAACUUUGAGCUGGAUCUUGGCAAGAAAGUCCUAAACCUGCUGAAGGGGGCAUUUCCAGCUCGUUUGAAGAAAGUGCUGAUUGUGGGAGCACCCAUAUGGUUCCGAGUGCCCUAUUCCAUCAUCAGCCUCCUCCUGAAGGACAAAGUCCGGGAGAGGAUUCAGAUAUUAAAGACAUCCGAGGUUACCCAGCACCUGCCCAGAGAGUGCCUUCCAGAAAACCUGGGUGGGUACGUCAAAAUGGACCUCGCCACUUGGAAUUUCCAAUUCCUACCCCAGAUGAAUGGCCACCCGGAUCCCUUCGAUGAGAUCAUCUUGUUCUCCCUCCCUCCUGCUUUAGACUGGGACUCAGUGCAUGUUCCAGGUCCUCAUGCCAUGACUAUCCAAGAGCUGAUGAAUUAUGUUAGCACCAGGCAAAAGCGGGGAAUAUAUGAGGAAUAUGAAGACAUUCGUCGUGAGAACCCUGUUGGCACUUUCCACUGUUCCAUGUCUCCAGGAAACCUAGAGAAGAACCGCUAUGGGGAUGUACCCUGCCUGGACCAAACAAGGGUAAAACUGAUAAAACGAAGUGGCCACACUCAGACAGAUUACAUCAAUGCCAGUUUCAUGGAUGGCUAUAAGCAGAAGAAUGCUUACAUUGGUACACAAGGCCCUUUGGAGAAUACUUACCGUGAUUUUUGGCUCAUGGUAUGGGAGCAAAAAGUCUUGGUGAUUGUCAUGACCACUCGCUUUGAGGAGGGCGGCAGGAGGAAGUGUGGCCAGUACUGGCCUUUAGAAAAAGACUCUCGGAUCCGAUUUGGCUUCCUCACAGUGACCAAUCUAGGCGUGGAGAACAUGAACCAUUAUAAGAAAACAACGCUAGAAAUUCAUAACACAGAGGAGCGGCAGAAACGCCAGGUGACUCACUUUCAGUUCCUGAGCUGGCCCGAUUAUGGUGUCCCCUCCUCAGCGGCUUCCCUCAUUGACUUCUUGAGAGCAGUCAGGAGCCAGCAGAGGUUGGCCGUCAGCAGCCUGGGUGCACACUCCAAAGGGCAGGGCCCUGAACCACCCAUUGUGGUCCAUUGCAGCGCAGGCAUUGGCAGGACAGGUACCUUCUGCUCACUGGACAUCUGCCUGGCACAGUUGGAGGAGCUUGGUACCCUUAAUGUGUUCCAGACGGUGUCCCGCAUGAGGACCCAGAGGGCCUUCAGUAUCCAGACCCCUGAGCAGUACUAUUUUUGCUACAAGGCAAUCCUGGAGUUCGCAGAAAGGGAGGGCAUGGUGCCAUCCAGCCACAACAUCCUGGCUAUGGAGAGUCAGUAACUGUCCCAUGAACCUCCUCCUGCUAGCCAGCCUUCUUCCUUAAACUCCCUGGACACCGCUGAGCCUAGAGGCUGCCAUCAGUUACACUGAAGCCAUGGAUGAACCUCUUUCUUGUGUCUCCCGGUGUACUCCAGACUCCCGGUGCAAGGCAGCCUUUCCCUUUGGCUAGGUAGAUAUGGUGAAAUGGUUACUAGAAAGGGCCAGCAGCAAUGUGUUCUUAAUUCCUAGCACCUGCCAUUGAACUGUGCCUUAUUAAAACCAAAUUGUGGCUAUUGAUUUUUGCCAGAGGCUCUAAGCAAGGUAAGUGGGAAAGGAAACUCCCUCCCCCUUUCCCAAUGCCUUCUCCUUCUGGAGGUCCCUUUCCCAUUCCUUCCCCAUUGCUAGGAUUUGAUGGGGAGGUUUGGUGAGCAUCCAUCUUCCUUCCCAGAAAGCUUGACCAAGUUAUAUGUUCUAGAGAACGUCCCGAGUGCCAAGCACGUUUAUACCUAGAGCGUGUAUUCGAGUCUCUUCUGUUAUUCUGUGUGUGUGUGUGUGUGUGUGUGUGUAUGUGCACUUAUGUGUAUGGGUCCAUAUGUACGUGUGUAUAUAAUAUAUAUUGUAUGUGACAAUAUGGUGGUAUUCUAUAAAUACAUAUACACACAGUUACUCCCUUAUAAAAGUUUCUGGGGCUCCAUGUUGCAGUUUAGGACUCGUUGCUUCUUGUGCCCUACUGUUUAUCCCGGACUAGCUGGGGUUGGGGAUCAUGUCUCCUGUUGUCAGACCACAAAGUGGUGGAAGAGGACACCGGUACAUCUACUCUUCGUGUUUUUGCCACAGGCCUUCAUCCUUACGUCAUGACUUAUCUCACUCCAGAAUGCUACCUUUUGGAGCCAAAAAUACUGGUUUGUGGUGACACUGGUUUAAUUCAGUAUGGAUUGCCCUUACCUAAUGGUUUCCUCCGUUUACUUUGCUGAUUUUGGUAAUAGACCUCCACUGUGAUUCUCUUUUCUCUUCCUAUCCCUCGGGGAUUGGAGCCUGGGAGUAGAGAUGAACUCACUGAGCAGCCAGAGCCAAAAGCAAUUUCUUAGAAGGAAAGAGAAGGAGCCUAGUUAUGAGAAAGAAAACUACCAUGAGAAUCUUUCCCUGGGAGAAUGUGCUAGGGUCCCUUUUUAUUUUACCAAAAGGUUCCUUUCCUUAUGCAGCUUGGUCCUAUCCACUCAAAUAACCAUUUCUUUCUGCCUAGUAGCCUGUCAGACCCUGGCGCUCAAGCUGGGUGGGCUCUGUGACAGAAAAAAUCUUAACUCCCGGCUGGGUAUAGCAGUCCCCCUGCAAUUACUAUUUCCUUCCCAUUCACCCAACCUAUCCCUGUCUGCUCCCAGCCUACCAGCCUGAUGUGCCAGGGAUGGAAUCGAGUCCCCAGUGCUCUAUAUUCCCAAGAAAAUCCCAGGAACCCUUAAAGCUUCCUCCAUCACAGAUGAGGUUGGUAGCUGAUCAGACCUCGAUAAUUUUAUACUGUAAUAAGCUCUUGAAUGUAUAUGUUCUUAUUUUACAAUCUAUUCCUUUUGUAUUUAAUGUCAAUGGAUUGAGUCAGAUUCAGAAAAUAAUUGUAAAUGUUCAUAUUCAGUAUCUUAUACCAAUAGUUUUGUGUUUACAUAUAAAUAUACUGACAUGAUCAAA